AAGGAGAUAACUCGGUUAUCUCUCGAGAGCUUCUUCAAUAAGCGGGAACGGGCUGGUGCCAAGCGCAGAGGUGGUAAGGACCGUCUUCGGGAACGGCUGUAGAAUGAUGCGGCACGCCUGUAUUGUGCUGCUGUUGAGCAUUGCAGGAUGUCUGGCUCAAGAUUUGCCUGACUGGGGCAGUUUCUACGAAGUGAAGGGCGUUUUGUAUUUGCCAUACGCGGAAAUUCGUGAGCCAUUCGCGGGAUACUACGAUGUUACGCAGAACACCAGCCGCAUUGACUACUACGAUGGCCUAGUGCAAACGGUGCAGCUUUCACCAAGUGCCCACUCAGAGGGAGAGGGAUACCCCUAUGGCAUCAACUAUAAGAUCGCAUAUAUGCCAGACCCGAAGACAUGGGAGUCAGUCCGCACCUGCUUCCAAGUUAAUGGAACCGAGAACGCCACUGUUCCCCUGCAAGACGUGCUGCCAAAUGUUGAAGGCUUCACAUUUGUGCGCAAGGAGUCGUGCUGGUUUGGUAAUGAUGAGCUGCUCGCUCACCAAGGCAAGAGGCACUGCGAGCGAUUCCAGCUCACUGUGCCCACCAGGGACCGUGUAAGCAAGUACACACUCUGGGUGUCGCGAGACUCCCAGGGACGUGCCGUGCCGAGGCGCUACCUCAUGCGCUGCUACAACACCUUGCUUGGCUCCCACUUCGACAAGUACGAGAUUCUCUACUAUGGUUACUCCCGGGACCCAGUGCCACCCAGUGUAUUCGACGUCACUACCCUUUUCAACGGCACAUGCCGCAGUUUUCCGGGCCCAGGUGCAGAGCGACUGGCUCUGCACAAUCCGAUGGCUGAGUUCCUUGGCAACCAUGAUGGUCACACGAAGCACUCGUUUGAAGACUUCAAGGAGACGCACAAGCGCACUUACGAGCAUGACGUGGAGCAUGACAAGCGUCGCGAUAUCUUUCGCCAGAACCUCAGGUUCAUUGACUCAAAGAACCGUGCCAAUCUGGGCUACAACCUUGCCGUGAACCACCUAGCCGACCGUACGCCACAAGAAAUCAGCGUGCUUCGUGGACGUCUUCAGUCGAAAGACGGCUCUUCCAAGGCUGAGCCAUUUCCCAGGCACAGGUUCACCGCCAAGUUGCCCGACCAAGUAGACUGGAGGCUUUACGGAGCAGUGACACCGGUCAAGGAUCAGGCUGUCUGUGGAUCUUGUUGGAGCUUUGGAACUGUCGGAGAACUGGAAGGUGCAUACUUCAGAAAGACUGGUAAACUCAUUCGCCUGUCCGAGCAGCAGCUGGUUGAUUGCAGUUGGAACAACGGCAACAACGGCUGUGAUGGAGGCGAGGACUUUCGUGCCUACGAGUAUAUACGCGACCAUGGAUUGGCCUCGGAUGAGGAUUAUGGAGCAUACCUUGGACAGGAUGGUGUCUGUCAUGAUACCAAGGUGAACGCCACUAUUGCUUCAAUCAAGAGCUAUGUCAACAUAACCAACCGCGAUGAUCUUCUUACGGCACUCGCUAACGUGGGGCCAGUGUCUGUCAGCAUUGACGCAGCGCUUCGCUCCUUCUCCUUCUACUCCAACGGUGUCUUCUACGAUCCCAACUGCCGCAAUGACACGGACAGCCUUGACCAUGCUGUUCUGGCAGUCGGCUAUGGAACUUUGCAAGGGGAGCCCUAUUGGCUGGUAAAGAACUCCUGGUCUACCUACUGGGGAAAUGAUGGCUACGUACUCAUCAGUCAAAAGGACAACAACUGUGGUGUGGCUACACAGGGAACCUAUGUGGAGCUUUGAAAGUCGCCAGUGAAAACAAUCCUCGGUUUCUGUCAAUAAACAGUAAUGAGG